AUGGUGACAGAGUUCACUGUGGUGGUGGCUGCACUUCAUCGGAAAAGUUUGCUGCCAGCGUGUCAAAAUCAUUGCCAGAUUAUGCCCUGCAUCAAAUCAUGCGAUGACUCCAGAGCAGUGGUCUACCCACCCCCUGUUGUCGUCACUUUUCCUGGGCCAAUUCUCAGCUCCUGCCCUCAGGAAAGUGUAGUGGGAUCCUCAGCACCAGUUCUUUUUAGGGGCUUACGUGGCUAUGAGGGACCUUGUGG